CCCAUAUUCCUUGGCGGCAACGCCUCGCGCCCGUUGCCAGCGGCCAACACCAGCGGCAACGUGCCAUCCCGCCGCGUAAACAAUCCUUACACCGUUCACGCAACGCAACCGACACACCACCAGCACCACCACGACCACCACGCACUCACGCACUCACGCACCCACUCACAUACGAACAAAGGGCCCUCCGCCCUCCCCUCACCUCCUUCUUCCCUCACCCACACCCUCACCCUCCCUCACAACGAUGUCCACCCGAACCGGCCGCAAAACGAUCGUGACGCCAGCGAAAUACCGGGGGGGCGCGGCAGCGACGCCGACGUCGACGGGCGUGCGGGCGGGCGACCCUGCACCCGUCGCGCGGAAGUACCGGCGCAAGCCGGGCACCGUCGCGCUGCGCGAGAUCAGGCAUUUUCAGAAAUCCACCGAUCUGUUGCUCAGGAAACUGCCGUUUGCUAGGCUUGUCAAGGAGGUCGCGAUGGAGUAUACCAACGGUGCCCAUCUGUUUGGAGUUCCGGGCGGCGGCGCGGCACACAGGUGGCAGAGCACGGCGCUGCUGGCGCUGCAGGAGGCGGCGGAGGCGUAUCUGGUCGCCUUGUUUACAGACGCGAAUCUGCUAGCGAUACAUGCGAAGCGGGUUACGGUUAUGCAGAAGGAUAUCCAACUGGCGAGGAGGAUCCGGGGUGCUUGGGGCGGGCUGGGGUAGAUGCCGAGGAGGAUGAGGGGUGCGCGAGGCG